AUGACUUUCAGUGGUAACCUCUCGUGCAGGAAUAGCGCUCCCGGGUUAAAAUUAGACGUCUUUGCUGUGUGAAUGUGCGCUCUUGAACGGUGUAGCUGCUUGAAGGAGAUCAGGCGUGUGCGCGCCGGGCACAAUGCGCCGCUGCAGCCACCCUGCAGCUUACAGGACGGUUACUGAGCACCGCACCAGCUGCUCUGAUGGUAUUACAUUGUCAGUGAGCUGACAUUGUCCUAUAAAUGAGGGACCACUCACCAUUUCCUCCGCACACUAAAGAUGACAGCCCCUUCAAACCAAACCCAUGCAGCGCCAGAGCAACAGCGCUUUUUGGUGUUGUUCGACUUUGAUGAGACCAUCAUCAAUGAGAGCAGUGAUGACGCUGUGGUGCGAGCUCUGCCGGGCCAAACGCUUCCUGACUGGCUGAAAAACAGCUACAGGGAGGGUCACUACAAUGAGCACAUGCAGAAGGUCUUGGUUUAUAUGGGGGACCAGGGCGUGUCUAAAGAAUCGAUCCAGUCAGCGGUGGAGAAGAUCCCACCCACGCCCGGCCUCCUGAACCUCUUCCAGUAUCUGCAGAGCCACCAGCAGGACUUCGAACUGGCAGUGGUCUCCGACGCCAACAUGUACUUCAUCGAGACGUGGCUGGAACACGCUGGGGUGCGUCACCUUUUCCGGAAGAUUUUCACAAACCCGGCCAGUUUUGAUGCGAACGGCCGGCUUGUGCUGCUCCCUUUCCACUCCCACUCGUGCUCCUGUUGCCCUGACAACAUGUGCAAGCAGGUGAUCCUUCGGGAGUAUCUUGCCAGCCGACAAAAGGAGCGCGGAGGUGCUCCCUUCCAAAGGGUAUUCUAUAUCGGAGAUGGGGCCAAUGAUAUCUGUCCCUCUCUGGCUCUGGGGCCCCGGGACACAACCUUCCCCAGGAGGGACUUCCCCAUGCACAGGCUGCUGCAGUCUCAGGCAGCCAUGUUCAAGGCAAACAUAGCUCCAUGGGUCAGCGGCGAGGACAUCGUGGACUGCCUGAAGAAAAUAAUGGAGGAGAGAUGAGAUCAGAAUGUGUGUGUGUGUGUGUUUGUGUGUGUGUUUGUGAAAGAGAGACUGAAAAGAAAGGGGCAAAUAUAGCUAACAUGCACCAACCCCUGUCCUGUCGAGCUGCAGGAUAUGCAUGAUUUUACCCACAUAUGAAUAGUGUGCAUCUAUUUGAAUCACCUUUUUAAAGGAAUAGUUUUUGCAGUCCCUGCAGGAAGUUAUGUUUUUGCAAAUUGCCAGUCCUCACAAGUACUGCACGACUGUAAAAAUGUUGGUCCAAUCCCUGAAUUUUUUUCUGCAAAUUUGACAAAUCUUCAUAGAGAUGUGGCGUUCGGACAAAACUGAAAUGUCGUGCAGAAUUCACGGUGAUCAAAAGAAGAAGUAUUGCAACUUUCUGAAUGAUUUGGGAAAUAUGCUGAUUUUGCUUUCUUGUGGAGUUAAAUAAGAAUUAGACAUAUAUAUAAUUUGAUAUAGUGUCUGUAAAAUAAUCAUGUAGCUGGAGCCAACAGCUAGUUUAGCUUUGCAUAAAGACUGGAAAUGGGGGGAAACAGCUAGCCUAGCUCUGCACAAAGGUAAUAAAAAUCUAUAAUCAAAUAAACAUUCUAUAUCUUAUUUGACUGUGAAUUAUCACCUGUAAACCGUGUUUUUGUAUGAAUUUAACGAACCAGACAGAAUAUGUUACUGAAAGACAAGCUGUUCCCUCUUGCUUCCAGUCUUAUGCUAAGCUAAGCUAACUUGCAGCACAUGAGAGAGUGGUAUCAGUCUUUUCAGCUCACUCUGUGCAAGAAAGCUAAUAAGCAUACUUCCCAAAAUGUCAAACCAUUCCUUUAAUGCUAGCCAGAUAUAAGAGUGUGUAUUUAGUAUUAGAACUUCACUUCCCUUUGAAUGCAAACAAACAAGCCCACUGGCCCGAGGUUAUCAGGGUCAGUAAUGGAGUUAUGCAGUACAGCUGAUGCACUAAGUUCUGUUUUUGAGCCGGAUCAAAAUUCCGAAGUGUCCACCGGAGUGACCUAAAUUUUUAUGCUGCCGGCUCAUUCCACACACCAUCCCUUUGAAAAUGAAUGUAAUUUUCUUUACAUUUAAAUAUCUUAAGGUGUCUGACAUUUUAUAGCGAUCUUAGCUGUGAAAUUUUGUGUCAGGUGCUGUAAAAAAAAAUGUAGAUUUUGAUGAUGAGGAGCAACGACUUGGAAGUAUUCCAUUCUCUGGGGGGUCUCUGUGUUGACAGGUUUCUUUUUUUAAACACUUAACACUGACUUCAAUGCCUUGACGAUGGACACAUGAGUGGGAUCACGUGUUAAAGCUCUACCUGAGACAAAAGACCACACAUGUCGUGUCUGGCAGAACACAACAGGGAUAAGGUGACAUUACCCGUGCUCUCUCUACCACUCAUUACUGAUACCCAAUCUAGGGCUUGAUUAUACAACGGUAAUCUACACCAGCAUGAGAUCCAAAGGGAACACUGCAGCCAUACGCCUACACGUUUGCCCCAACUUUAGGCCCCGUAAACAAUGAAAUGCAACGACCCAAUUGAAGAUUUAGCAUCAUAUUCAUGUAUCAUUAGCUAGCACGCACUGUACUUAUACCCUAUAUAAACUCCCAGUCAAUAUUAGUAUUGAUAGAAGGCAAAUUCCUUCUUUGUGUUUGAAUGUGUUCCAGGUAAACAAGAGUGUUGUGAGUGAAUGAAGGUGAGGUUCAGCCUCUAUAGUAUAUUUACAUAAUUAACUCAACAUGUAACCUCAUUUUGCCUCACUAAAUUCAUGACAGGGACUAGAAAAUAUAUUAAGGAGUAUUCGCAAGGACCACUUGUAUUCAUCGAGAUGGUUUACAGGGACAAUAAUAUUAUUUAAAUUUGGGAAAAUGUGAAGUAUGUCUUGUUUAAUCUUGUUUUUCCAUCUAAUAAGCUGUCAGAAUUCUGAUACUAAUGGGGCAUGUGUACACUCAAUGAUAUUGGCCCUCUCCUGUUACCAUAAUUAAGUGUAUAAUUGCAUUAAUUUUGCAUUUUAAAUGUUUCGUGUAUACUGUACAUCUUAUUCAAGCCAUUACGGCGAACAAUAAGAAAAGUCUGGGUGCUUAAGAAAAAAGCAUUAAAACAAAUAAGUAAUAAGUUUGUUAAUUGAUGAAACACUUCUAGCCUUAAAAAAAACAACAACAUUAUGCUGUAGAAGUGCUGGAAAUGUCUUUUUAACCAGUGUUUUAGUUACUCAGGGAAUAGAGAAGACGGUGUUAAUGAACAAACAUUAUUGUGUGCAUUUAUUGAAAAGAAAUUGCUGCUGUGACGCAAUGUUCAUUUGUGAUUUAAAAACGAGAUCGACGCAGCUGUAAUUUGAUCCUGAAAUUCUUUGAGAUCAAAAUCUAAUCCGAUAAUUCUUUGUGAUUAGGAGAUUAAAGUUCUGUGAGCUUUACUCCUUCUCAUGCUAGAGGUCGGUGGGGUACUUUAAUUUGCUUUACUUGUAUGUAUACAUGUAAAUCUUCUUUGGAGUUCUGUGCAAUAAUUAAAUGCUGUAUACUUGAUAUGAUGUAAAACAGACGUUAAACAGAAUGAAAAACUUGA